GACACAAUAUAAUAAUAUAUAAUAAUAAUGAAUAAGAUAAUAUACUUGACACGACAUGGUAAGAGGGUGUGGGGGGGACUUGACCACGAAAUAUUACACAACAGGUGGAAUUCGGCGGGGAUAUUUUCCUUUUAGCAUUACUAGCGCUGUCUUAGUGGAUACUUAUGGAACUAGAAAUUUGUAUGAUGUGUAGUUCUAAUUCAAUAUCCACAAUUACCUUGUACGACAAUACAGGACACUGUAAAACCUGGCGACCAGUCUUAUCAAUUCCCUAGAGAUUGAUAUUAAAUUGCCCAACUUUACUCCUUAAAAUAUGAUGAUUCUUCCCACCAUUUUUGAAGUUUGAAUAUCAAUAAUAAUACAUUCGUACAAUCGUACGUAAUAUAUUCAUAUUAGUAUAUUACAAUAUAAUAUUAAGUAUAUUACGUACACUGUUAAUUUGUUAUCAAUUAACAAAAUUCAUAAGUUAACGGCAUAGUAAUUACUUGUAUAGUUGUAUUACUUUUAACUGCUUAAAAAUGGUGUCAAAAAAAGUAUGCGCUAUAAAUCAUUGUAAAAAUGAUUUAAGUGGUCAACAGAGAUUGUCUUUUCAUUCAUUUCCAAAAGACGUUCAUAUUUCUCAAAAAUGGGUUAAGUUUGCAAACAAUUCAAGAAUAAAUGAAGUUAUGAGAACUUUUGGACAUUUACAUCUGAGUUUAAAUUAUAGUAUUUGUUCAAACCAUUUUAAACCAGAAGAUUUUGUACCGAACAGGGGUUCUAGUAGAAGAUUAUUGAAAUAUGGUGUAGUACCUUCAUUAAAUUUACCAGUUACAUCUCCUCCUUUAGCUAAACCAUUGUUGAAAACUAAAAAACUCACAAGUUCAAAAAAAAAACAUUACCACAAAAGUUUCCGAGGGAAAUAAUUUUUAACUGAAGAAUGGAAGAUGCAUAAGAAUCCAGUAAAACGAUCACUUUUUGGAUCAGACCUAGAUGCAUCAACAUAAAAUUUAGCAAAUAUGUUACCAAAAUAUGAACAUAAUAUUAUGGAUGAAUCUAAAGCAGGUUUGAAUAUUUAUAAGAUGUUUCAUUUCCGGUCUGGGACUGGUUUGUGUUGUAUUUUUUUGUAAUAUUGUAUUAAAAUGUAUGUACAAGAGAAAAAAAUUAUUUACUCAGACAUUUGUAAAUUGCUAUUAAAAUAAUCAUUUAAAUUAUUAUUUAUA